AUGCGAAUCAAUAGCCGUGUUGGAUUUAUCAAAAUCAAUGAUUUUUGGUUAGUUUUCAAAAGAAAACGUUUUAAAAAAGUGUUAUUUUUCAAUUCCAGGGAUUUGAAGAAAAGUGAUGCGAUUCAUAAUGGAAAUCCAACUUCGUUUCGUGACUUGUGUUGGUUAGUUUUUUUUAUUAAUGGGUAUUCAUAGAAGAAAUAAGUUCAUUAUUUCUCCAGGCGAAAAAAGACUUUUUGGUAUUUUUCCUGAAAUUAUGAUUUAAAUCUCAAUAUGUCAGUUCUUUGAAAAUUGGUAAUGGGUGAUAGUUCGAGAGCAUAAGACGUUUCCACGUGAACCUCUUAUGUUUCCACUUAAAAAUAAGAUUAUUUCAAAUAAAAAAGUGAAAUACAUGGCAGCCGGCUAGAUUUCGUUUCUCGGAUCAUAUAAUUUCUCUGUUUCCUUAUGACUUUACUGAUUGAUCUUUGACAUGCUGUGUCAAAUCCAUUUAGAAAAGAAUUUCGACUAUGUAUUUACAAAAAUAACUAUUAAAAAAAUGAAUUAGUAUCAUAACAAGACAAACAGGGCGCAAUUCAGUUCUCAGUCGCAGUGAAUUUUGACUGUAACUGGCAAAAAUCAAAUGUUUUGUUCAAUAAUAGAUUACAUCAAUUUUUCAGACCGCAAUCUUCUGAUCGACUACUCAACACAUGGAUCAGCGAUAUUGGCCCGGAGAAAAAGGUUAGUUUAAUUUUGGUUUUCAUUUAAGAGUGCUUCUCCAUAAAAAACAUAUAUCCUUUGAAAAACAGUCAAAUUUGAAAUACUCAAAAUUUGUACAAAUUUUGAAUGUUUCAAAUUUGUACAAAUUUUGAAUGUUUCAAAUUUGUCCAAAUUUCAAAUGUUCAAAAUUUGUACAAAUUUCAAAUGUUCAAAAUUUUGACAUUUUUUAAGUGAACAAAUCGAGUUCAAAAUUUGUCCAAAUUUCAAAUGUUCAAAAUUUGUACAAAUUUCAAAUGUUCAAAAUUUUGACAUUUUUUUAAGUGAAAAAUUCGAGUUCAAAAUUUGUCCAAAUUUCAAAUGUUCAAAAUUUGUACAAAUUUCAAAUGUUCAAAAUUUUGACAUUUUUUCAGUGAAAAAAUCGAGUUCAAAAUUUGUCCAAAUUUCAAAUGUUCAAAAUUUGUACAAAUUUCAAAUGUUCAAGAUUUUGACAUUUUUUUAAGUGAAAAAAUCGAGUUCAAAAUUUGUCCAAAUUUCAAAUGUUCAAAAUUUGUCCAAAUUUCAAAUGUUCAAAAUUUGUCCAAAUUUCAAAUGUUCAAAAUUUGUACAAAUUUCAAAUGUUCAAAAUUUUGACAUUUUUUCAGUGAAAAAAUCGAGUUCAAAAUUUGUCCAAAUUUCAAAUGUUCAAAAUUUGUACAAAUUUCAAAUGUUCAAAAUUUUGACAUUUUUUUAAGUGAAAAAAUCGAGUUCAAAAUUUGUCCAAAUUUCAAAUGUUCAAAAUUUGUCCAAAUUUCAAAUGUUCAAAAUUUUAACAUUUUUCUGAAUGAAAAAAUGAGUUUAAAAAAUGUCAAAAUUUUGAACAUUUGAAAUUUGGACAUUUUUCUGAAAGAGAACAAAAACAAUUGAACAAAAAAAGAAACUGUUCCAAUAAUUAAAUUUAUUUUAAAAAUAAUUUACAGGUACUUCCGACGUCCAAUGCUGUUCGUUUCAUCAAAGUCGACGCAUGAGUUUUAAAUAAUUUGAAAUACUCAUUUUUCUUGAAAACUUUAUUUUUGUUUUUUUUCUCAUAAUAAAUGAAUGAUACUGUAAUUCAACUUUAUUUUAAAAACAAUGCGUUAAAAACAACAAAUAAAACUCGAAAAUGAAUCAAAUAACUUUGGCGUGUCGAUAUCAGGCUCUUUCGUACUCGCUGAAAUUUGACCGUUCAAAUUUUAGCUAUCAUUUUUCUGUUUUCACAACAAUGUUCAAAAAAUCUCAUAUUUUAGAUCGACCAUUUCAUUUUUUUAUUUUUAUACCCUCCUAUAUACUAAAGGUUCACAAAAUAAUAUUAACAAUAAAAUUGAAUCAUAUUAUCAUGCAAAUAUUGUGCAAACGAAUCUGAAUUUUUAGCGUUGUAAUAUCUGAAGUUUUGAAAAAUUAUUAACUCAAUGAAUUUUUCACUGUUUCAAAAAAUUGACAUAUUUUUUGAAAAUUUUUCAUUUGAUCUUAUCAGGUAAAAUUUCACUGUUUCAACACAGAAUCAAACAUUUGUCAAUGGAAUACAUUUCAAUGUGAAGCAUUCUCUGAUUCUGCUCAGAAAUCUGGAUUUUUCUGAUGAGGAAAAAUCAUCGGAAUUUAUUUUCUAAAUAUUUUUCACUGUUUCAAAAAAAAAACAUAAUUUGUUUUGAAACUUUCAAAACACUCUUAAGUAAAUCAAUUUUCACUGUUUCAAAAAAUUCACAAAUUGAAAAAAUUCUGUUGAACUCGAUCAAUUCACAUGUUUUCAAAUCAAAUUAUUCUGUGUCUUUUCACUCUGUAAAAUAAAAUUCAACAAAACGUAUUUAUUCAAAAAUUCGGCAACAUUUCGAAUAUUUUAACUUUGAUACCAUUCAGCUUCAAGAUCUUCCGGAACCCAGAAAAGAAAUACCAUUUUUCUUUGCAAAAUAAGAAAUCAAGAAAUUAGUUCCAGAAAAUUUUAAAUGAACUUCUAAUUGCACUCCGAUCAUUUUAUACUCCCAAAAUCUGGGAGACCACCUACCAGCUGAUCAAAAAAUAAAUAAAUGGAAAACUCAAGGUCAUGAGUCAAAUUAAACAUGGUGGUCUGUUUUUUCUGGAAAUCUGUAAUUUUUUGAACUAAACCAACAAGAAAAACGUCAAUUUGUAAAUAUUUAUUCAACAAAACUCAUUUAUUUUUCAAUUAUGCUCGAUCCAAAUUUUGAAAUCUUCUGGAUCGAAUGAAAUCGGUCUGAAGCACAUUUUUCUCUUGAAUUACUUGACUAGACUUGAAAUUUUGGUUUAAAUCCAUCAAAAAAUUAGGUGGAACCGAUUUCGCAGACAGUUUUAAUUUGAUAAAAAUUAAUUAAUUUGGAAGAGGGUUCAAGAAUCCAGGAAAGAUUGCAAACCACAAAAAUCAGGUUCAAAUUGCAGAAAUCUUGUGACGUGGCAAAUAAUACUCUGCGUCCCUGACCUAACUCUGGAUCUCUAACUCUAACUCGGCCUUCCACUGCAUCUAUGACCUAGUUUUUCUCGUUUCUCUGGGCUCUGUGGUCGUAAUUUCACCUAUUUCCGCACUUUUUCUGCGUCUCUAACCCCAUAGUCUCUAGAUGUCUGACUCUUUGAUUUUCUUUACGUUCUAUUUUAUGGCCUUUCGUUUCUCUGCGUCUCUAACCCUGUCUACAUCUCUAGUUUUUCUUGAUUUACCUCUUGUUCUCUAACUUUCCAUAGUUUCUCUGCGUCUCUAACUGUCUAAUCCUACUCUCCGUCUCUAACGUCCUCUGGUUCUCUAACCCAUUUGUCUGGCUUAUCUGUAUGUCUAACCUACUCUAGCUUCUCAGCGUCUCCGAUGUUUCUCCUUUCCCUAGCUCUACUCUAGCUUCUCUGCCGCUCUAACUUUCUCUUGAUCUCUAACUUUUCUAUUGUCAAUAAUAAUUUUCAAAAGUUCGCCUCGGCGAGGAAUCGAACCUUCGUAUCUUAUUUUGUAGUCCCAUCCGUUAGCCACUAGACCACGCGAGCAUUUCUAACAUUGCUCAUUUUAUGAUUUAUAUUUGACGUCAUUUAGAAAUGCUCACAGCAAAAAAGCAUUUUUGAAAAAAAAAUAAAUAAAAUUCCAACGUGACCCACAUGAAAAUCGUCAUUUUUUUUUAAAUUUUUCUCAUUUUCCGAUUUUCUGCCGCUGAAAAUGAUGGAAAACAACAAAUUUAUUCAAUAAUUUUUUAAUUAGAUUAGCAAUUAAUUAAGUAAGUCAGGCUCGUAUUCGAAUUCAGAAAUCAUUGGGAUGAAAAUCAUGGUUUUUUAGAGAAUGUAGUAGAAUGUUCUGGAAUUUUUUGCUGAAAAUUUGAUUUUUAUACGCGCCAAAAAAGUGGAACCGAUUCGAUUCGGUCAUGUGUUUUUCUUCUUGAGAAAAACAAUUUUUUCCAAGUAAACAAUAAAAAAAAAGUUUAUUAAAGUCAAAGUUCUUAAUUAAAUAAUUAAUUAAUUAAUGAAUAUUAAUUAUGAUCCAAAAAUAAUAUCAUUAAAAUUGGGCUCGGUUGUCAAACAUGUUCCAAUGCAGCAAAUUAUUUGAGGUGGCAACAUUUUUUAGAUUUUCAAAAAUAGAAUUUAGAGCUAGAUAUUUGUUUUUUGAAUUUGAAAAAAAAACGUUUUAUACUCAACAAAAAGUCCACCCAAAAAAAUCAUGUGAUUUAAUUUUGAAUCAAAUUAAUUGUCUACGUCACGACCUCCUUGAAGUCAGGUCAAAAAAUCAGGUUUUUUAAGAGCGUCUGAUUUUUUGUUGUUGUUGUUUUUUUGAGUGAGUCAGAAAGGAUCAAAAUGAAAAAGGUCGUUUUGAGUUUGGGACGUUUUUUGAUGUUUGAAUUUUUUGGACUUUUGGGGAAUUUUAAAGGUACAUGUGGAUUUUUAGGUGGAAAUUGACGAUUUUCUUGAACAGCUGAAAAUCACUGAAAAAAAGGUCUGAAAAUUUUCAAAAACUUUUUUUGAAUCCUUAAAAUAAACCUUAAAAUUUGAAAACUUCAAAAAUUCAGAAAUCUGGGAAAAUUUGAAGUUCUCAAAGUUUAUCCUACAAAAUUGUUUGAAUAAAAAAGUUUCAGUAUGAUCUAAAAAUUCUAACGGAAAUCUGAAUUUUAAUGGAUUUUUGAGCUUAAAAUUUUUGAUCAAUUUUAAUUUUUAAACAAAGGAGCGUAAUGCACUGAAAAUGUGUAGGAAUCGAAAUUUUUGAAGAUUUUCUGAAACAGUGAGAUUUUUUUUACUCGCAGAAAUUUCUUCAAAGUUUUGAAAAUAUUCAAUAUUUUUGAAACAGUGAUUUUUCUUUUCUAAUUUUUUUCACUGUUUCAAAAUUUUGUUAUUGAAAAAUUGGAUUUUUGGAAUUUUGAUUUAAUAUUAACUUCUUGGAGAAUUUCCAGCUUUAAAAAAUGGGAAUUUCAAAAAGAAAAUUAUCUCUGAAUUUGAAAUAAGCUUCCCAAAUACUCCUAAUCCUUCUUUGAAAAUUUUAAACUGGUUUUAAAUAAAAAUUUAGGUUGAAAAUCUGAAUUUUGAAUUUUUCAAAAAACUUGAAAUUUCAAUAAAUUUCAAUAAUGCGAAAACCCCUGGAAUAUAAUUUUUUAAUUUUUGAAAAAUUUAAAAUUAAAAAAAAAUAAAGUUCCCAAAAACCCUCGCAUUUUCCAGUACCUCAUCGCCAUCUGCACCUCCUGGCUCUUCUGCGUCGCUCUCACUCUCUUCAAUCUCACACCCGAAGGCAGUGCCGCACGCGUCGACAAAAACAUCUCAAUCGCCGUCAUCCGUGAAUCGUCAUGGCUUGAAGUCCCGUAUCCUGGAAAAUUCGGACCUCCUCAAUUCAACACCGGCCUAUUCUUGUUAUUUUUGUUAUCAGCGAUGACGUCAGUGUUCGAAAGUGUUGGAGAUUAUCAUGCGGCAGCUCGUGUGUCUGAAGAGAGACCUCCACCAAGUCACGCGAUUAAUCGGGGAAUUCUUGCCGAAGGAUUUGGAAGUUUGAUUAGUGGGCUUUUGGGGCCUGGAGUUGGAAUGACGACGCAUACGGAGAAUAUUGGAGUGAUUGGAGUGACAAGGGUGGCAUCAAGGUGGGUCAAACUAGAUUUUUUGUCAAAUUUCUGAAAUUUUUCAUUAGGAAAAGUUUUACUGAAAAAUCCUGAACUUUCUCCUGAAAAUUCAAAUUAGAAAAUCCUGAUUUUUUUGCAUGGAAAUGUUGAUUUAUCUGAAAUUUUCAGAUUUUUUGUAUGAAAAUUAAAACACGUGGCAAAAUAAAAUUAAUAAAAUACUUGAAUUUUUUGCAUGGAAAUUUUGAUUUUUCUGAACUUCUCAAAUUUUUUUGAAUUAAAAUUGAGACACGUGGAAAAAUAAAAUUCGAAAUUGAAAAUUUUCCAAUUUCUCAUGCCACGUGGCGAAAUCAAAUUAGAAAAUUCUGAUUUUUUUCAGUUUUUCUAAACUUCAUGAGGAAAUGUUACAAUUUUUCUGAAAAAUAGACCAAAGCCAGCAAAUUUUCAUUAUUUUUGGAAACGGUGCAAAAAAUUGAAUUUAACUCAAAAUUGUGAUUUUGUGUUUUAAAUUUGUACUACAUAACACAUUCACCAUAAUAUCGAAAAAAUCUAUAAUUUUUUUGAAACAGUGGCAUUUUUUGUAAUUGUGACAGUGAAAAUAUAAAAUAAAACCAAAACAUUUCAUAAUUUUUUUGAAACAGUGAAGUUUUUAUCUUUGAAUUUCUGGGUUUUUUUGUUGAGAAAUCAAAAAAUUCCCCAAAACGUUUAUUAUUCUUUUGAAACAGUGAAAAUAAUUUAUUCAAAAUUUUUUUGGCGAAAUAAAAUUAGAAAUUGAAAUUGUUUUGAAAUUUCUCACGCCACCUGGCAAAAUCCAAUUUUUUUGUUGUAAAUUUUUAUUUUUUCUGAAAUUUUCCAGAUUUUUUUGUACGUGGCAAAAUAAAAUCAAAUUUCAAACUUCUCAUGCCACGUGGUUAAAAUACUGAAUGUUUCUAUUAAAAUUCAAAAACUCCUUUAUUUUCAUAAUUUUUUUUGGAUUCGGUACAGACCCGCCCGACUCCUAAAUUUUUGGUUCCAAAAAAUGUCAUUUUUUCCAGAUGGACAAUGGUUGUUGCUGGUCUCCUUUUGAUUGUUCUCGGUCUAAUCACCAAAGUUGGCGCCCUCUUAUCCACCAUUCCCGAUCCUUUAGUUGGCGGUGUUCUGGCGUCUUCAAUGGCUAUGGUGGUUGGUGUAGCUGUCUCAAACCUCCAAAUCGUUGACAUGUCUUUGUCCCGAAAUAUGGGAAUUUUUGGAUUCUCAAUGAUGAUCGGAAUGAUUGUUCCCUCAUAUUUCACACGUCUUCCUGUAAAUUCAGGUUGGAUGUGGUUCGAUCAAACCCUGAAUGUUUUGCUGAAAAUGCCGAUGUUUGUUGGUGCACUUUGUGCUUGUAUUUUGGAUAAUUCGGUUGGCGGAGCGACACGUGAGCAAAGAGGAUUGAGAGCGAGAGGAGAGAUUUAUGAAGGAGCAUUGCAUGAAUGCACUUAUAGUUAUCCAAAGUGGGCGAUGGAUAUUUUGCAUAAGGUUGGUUUGGGUUUUUUUUGAGGUUAAAAAUUUCAUGAAAAUUCAAAUUUUCGCGAGUUUUUUGAUUGCAAAAUCGAUAAUUUUGAAGAAAACCGUGACUUCUAAUAGUUCCCAUCUGAAACAGUGAUUUUUUUUGAAAUUUUGUAGGAUUUUUCUUCAAAAGAAAACUAGAAGAACUACUUUAAAAUUCACUAUUUUUGAUUAAGAAGAUUUGAAACAGUGAAAUUUUGCAAAAAAAAAAUUUCUUAAAUUUUUGAACUCAAAAAAUGUACCACUGAAAUUUUCCACAUUUUUUUUCACAAUUUCACUGUUUCAACAUCGAAAGUAAAAUUCAAUAAUUCGAAAAAUUGAAAAAAAAUGUUUGAAAUGCUCUUUUCAAGGUUCAGGAUACUUGAAUUCUUCAAAAUUUUGAUCCCAACAUUAUUGUCUCCUCAAAUUUUCAGCCCGAAACCAUUGAAUUCCUUGAAAAUUCAUUAAAAAAAAUUUAACAAUUAGUUCUACCACAAUGCGGUGUCCAAAGCAGAAAAAAAGUGAAAAAAACAGAAAAAAAACGUAAAAAGCUCGCGUUUUUUUGUAAAGGCGAUGCAAACGGGUAUCGCAACGAACAGAGAAAUAGUGUGUGUAAACGAGAGAAACAGACAGUUCGACUUUAGAAUGCUUUGUACGUUUUUUUCUGUUUUUUCACUUUUUUUCUUUUUUGGACACCGCAUCAAUGAUCAGGAACUACCUUAAAAUUCACUAUUUUUGAUUAGGAAGAUUUGAAACAGUGAAAUUUUGCAAAAAAAAAUAUUCUAAAAUUUUUGAACUCAAAAAAUAUACCACUGAAAUUUUCCAGAUGUUUUUUUUUCCUGAAAAAUUUCACUGUUUCAACAUCGAAAGUAAAAUUCUGAACGUUUUUUUUCAAAUCAAAAUUCAAAAAUUUCUGUGCUAAAAAUCAGAAUUUUCAUAACUCUCUAAAAAUUCAGGAUUUCGAAAUUUCAGCUCAAAAUUUACUUGAAUUUUUCAAAAUUUUGAUCUCAAAAUUAUUGUCUCCACAGAACUCCCCAAAUUUUCAGCCCUAAUUCAUCUAAAAUUAUUUUUUCCAGAUUCCCCUGGUCAAACAUCUUCCAUGCACUCCAAAAGAAAAAAAGAGCACAAAUCGAAUCAAUAUUCAAACAAAUCAAGAAGAAAUUCGAAUGUAG